ACAUUAGCCAAUCAAAUGGCUUGUAUGCUGAUACGUUGUUAUGGAGUUAAAGUCAAACUGAAAACAUAGAAGACUGAUCAAACUUGGAUUAUGUUUGUUUAUAAAUUAUUGAACAUAUAUGAUAUAUUUUAAAACUUGUAUGAAAUAGCCAGCGAAUUUUCAAAAAAGAUGUGUCUUCUGAAUUGGCCAAGACUGGCUCUUUGCUCUUAACGUAACGUUGCUUUUGGUCUAGCUAGCUAAAUUAGCUUAGUAGCUAGAGAUCUAACGUUAGCCAGCCCUCUGUUCAGUAGCGAAUGGCCUCGACCGAACGGUUGAGUGCAUUGCGAGAGCGCAACAAAGACUUGUUGAUGCAAUUGAGGCACCAAACCGAAAGUUUGUUGACUAUCACCGGCUCCAAAGGAAGCUCGGAGAAUGAUUCAAACCGGACAGUACAAAACAACACAACGAAAAAGCCAGGUCAGAAUAAAGAAAAAAGUCCCCAUACAGAGAACAUGGUGACCCUGAUAGAUGGUGACUUAGGCACUGCUAGGUCUGCUCUCAGCAAACCUACUGUACAGUUCAAGGAGAGAGACGACACGGAAACACAGACAACAGCACCACUGAGAACUGAAGGUGAGGCAGUGGAAUCUGUGAAUGUCACCCUCUGUCAGACCUCUACACCAUACCUUGUCACGGGAACCAAGCUUAAACCAGGCCAAGCUACAGAACACUCUACUGUUUACACAGGAUUUCUUCAAGACCAAGGCAAAGGCCGUCCUGCAACUCUUGUCAGAUCACUGGAUAUUAGUAGGCCCUAUACCAGGCCUAUUUACUAUAAUCAGGAGAAUGAACAGAGGGAGCUGGGUAAAUUCACAUUCCAAUCCUCUGGACUGGAGCAAACAUCAGCCUCCGACAGACAGCGUCUGCAGCCUUUACUGGGCUAUGACUGGAUAGCAGGGAUUGUGGAUGCAGAAAACUCCUUGACGGAGCACUCGGAGCAGUUCUUCAGUGAUCUGCGCACUUUCCGCCAGGUCAACAGAGAUGAGUGUGUCCACAGCCAACAAGCAGGAUUAUCUGAAGAGGACCUUUCACCCCCACCAUUGUCAAUAGAGAAGGAAGACCAACAGCACACCAUGGACACUCACCAGUGUACGUUCUGUUACAGAAUCAACAGCCGACUGUUCCCAACCCCAUUGGAUUCUCAGGAGUCAUGCCCUGUGUGUAAGAAGCCCAAAUACAAAAUCCCCCACACUGCGGCUGAGCCAGCCUUUAUCAGGGUCAGCAUCCCGCGCUCCACACUGUUGCCAGCAUACAAGUACAAAGCCCAUCGGAGGUGUAGCUUCGACCCCUCCGACAGCCUGGGUUUACCAUCGCACUGUCUGUCAGGCUGGUCUAACACAGUCCCCAGCACUGGGCCCCAGCUCAGCAGCCUGGAUCUGAGGAGCUCUGUGGACACGAAGGCGGCAAGCUGUGGCAUCCCCUCUGCACAGCCACAGUCUAAGAAGUUUCUGGAUUUCUCAGUGUCCAGAGUGUCUGGCAGUCAGCGUUCCGACCAGCUGCUUGACAUGUCUCGUUUGGCCCGCUACCGUUUCCAGCGCCUGCCAACGGCAAACCACACAGCCCGUCCUACCCUGUGUUCUGACAACCUAACAGCACUAUAAACCUGUGUAGUAUUAUGAUUUCAUAUUUUUACAUGAAUUAAAUGUUUAAUAAUGAUGACGAAUUAACCCUCAGCAGUUUUAACGUAGGAUUAUCAUUGUGCCUAUUUAAUCAUUAAUGUAUUGUAAUUUUCUAUCAUACAGUUAUAUAAUGUGUUAAGUGCUUGAUUUUCAUUUUGAUGCGGUACAGAUUUUAUUAAAGGUGCAAUAUGCAGAACUCGC